AUGCCUCCCUUUUCAUUCAAGAAAGCCAAGGAGACCGCAAGUCUCAACGACAAAGAAAUCGAGCGCUUUGCCAUCAUGUACAUGAUCAUGGCGGAGGAGAUCAAGCCAACGUCGAAGCAGUAUGAGCUGGCGGCUGGUGAGGCCGAUAACACCGUCGCGUCGUUCAAAAUUCUCUUCAGCACCACACUCAAGAAACUCCGCGAGAAGAAUUGCUAUUUCGAAGAUAGGGCGGAGGGCGAGGACGGCGUUGCUGAUGCAGCGUCCGUUCCGACGACGCCAAAAACUCCUGGCAGGCGUGGACGGCCCAAGCGCAAGGUCGACGACGGCGAUGCGAGCCCGAAGAAGAAACCUCGCGGCAAGAAGGGCGAUGAUGGGGCAUUGGAGGAUGCAGAGGGCGAGGCAGGUUUGACCGCCACCGAGGAUUCCGUGUGA